CUGCCUUGCUGUGGCACUUGUGCAGAGCGCCGCCGUCCGGCGCUUGCAACUGCCAGUAAUUACGCAUUCAUCGUCUUGCGUGUCGCGAACGACGCCGCCGAGCGGUGCAAGCAAUUGGCGUUCUGCAGCGGUAGCAUCAGGCGCUGCAGUCGCAUUCAUCCUCCGCGUGUCGCCGACGCCGCCGCGCAGCGGUGCAAGCUAUAACAUUUGCAGCGGUAAACCAGCUGCAGAAUGCAGCCUCCACGCGGCAGGAUGCCAGCGAUGCGCCUCGCCCUCGUAGUAGCACUGGCGACGGCGGAGGUCAAGGUCGAGACGAAGCCCAAGCCCUGCAAGAAGUUCAAAUGUUAUGGAAGAAAGGAUCCCGCACCGCGGUCGCCGUACUUCGCGCCUCGAGGUACUGGCGCCUGCCCGGAGGGCGCGUCCCCACACCUAGCGAAGUGCUGCGCCGAGCGGGACGCCUGCGCUACCAUUUGUGGUAUCACGGAAGAACUUUGUAAGAAAGCCUUCGACGAGUGUUAUGUGAAAGAGUGCGACGAGGUCGACGAUUUUGACGAACACGAGCAGUGCCUGAAAGACGGGAAGAUCGGGAGCGACUGGCCCUGGCGCGGCGGCUGUUCUUGGCAUAGUGAAGAGCAGAAGAAGGCGUGUAUGUGUCAAGGUCGGAAGGACGCCGAGGAACGGCGGCGGCAGACUUUAUCUCAUAUUUAUAAGCGGUACGACGGUGACGUGUCGAAGGUCGACGAACUGCUGAUAAAGGCGGACACGCCUUCGAAGUUCGCGCAGCUCGUAUUGCGACUGGCGGCGAAGUUCCCUACUUUGUUAUCUGACCGGAGGCCGCCGCCGGAGCCGAAGAAGAAGGCGUCGAAGCCGCCGCCGCCGCCGCCGGAAGAGGAGGAAGUUGUGGAGGAGGAGGCCGUCGACGACGCGGUCGGGGAGGACGACGGCGAGGAGGACGUCAUCGACCUCGACGCGGGGGAGCUGUAGUAAUUGAUUGUGAAAGUA